AUGGCGCAUGUUCUGCAACAGAUCUUGUAUCAGAGCCCUCUAUCUUUAUAUCUGAAAGCUACUGGAAUCUUGACUCUUAUUGGUGGCUUUAAUGCUGCAUACUCGGAGGUCAGAGGAGCUAAUCUCACAUACUCCAAAUUUUCUCAGACAGGACAAGUAAAAGAAGCCAAGAGAAUAUCCAGCAGAAACGCCAUGCUUAUUUGCUAUUGGCCUGUCUUAAUAGCUACAUCACUGUUCCCGCUUUCCAAACUGGAAUACAGUGGAUCAACAGGCCUGCUGUCCUCCAUGGGGAUGAAGCAGGCAGGAAGCCCACGUCUGCUCACCCUCUCAUCUGCUUUAACUAUACAUUCCUUAAAAGAGUAUUGGAGGCAAGUUCUGUUUCUGCACCGUUACUCUGGUGAUAUGACUCUGCAAACUGCACUAGGGAUUUCAUUUGGAUAUUUAUUUCAAACUGUUAAUCUGUUGUACGCCCAGCAGCUCUCAGAGGGCUUGCAGUCGCCGGCUAGGGACUUGAUGUGGAAUCAAAUUGAUCUUGAUUCCCGUCACCUGCCCAUUGAAUCCAGACAAAUUGAAACAAAAAUCGAAAGGCUCAUUGAUUCCAACAUUGAUGGCCGGCUUGGGUAUUGUUUAAAAGGAUCCGUUCCUUUGUGA